AUGGCUGCAUUUUUCUUCCUCAUCCUCUUCUGGGUUUUCUUCACCUUCCAAACCUCUGUUAUUAAGGUGACAUAUGCAAGUUGCCAUGCAACAAAGUUCGGAGAUUAUCCCUUUCAGAUAAAUGGUUUUGAGUUGCUUUGCAAAGACAACGUCACCACUAUCCACUUUCCAUCUUAUGGGGAUUUGAUAGUGAAGUCCAUUUCCCAUGACACCAAAAAGAUUGAUCUUCUUGACCCAAAAAAUUGUGUCCACCAUGUCUUUUUGAACCUCAAUCUCUCCCUCACACCCUUUCACUAUUUUUAUGUUCUAACAAACUACACAUACCUCAAUUGCUCGACCAGCCUUAAACCUCCUUUCAUGGAGAUUCCAUGUUUAAGUGCUUCAAGUUAUCAUGUUUACACAGUUGAUCCUGCACUCUCUGUUCCGGGUUCAUGUAAGGUAGUCAAAACCGUAGCAAUUCCUUUCAAAUAUAGCCCUUAUCUCUCGGACAAUAGUCUUGGUCUUAGAUUAACAUGGGACUCGCGUGAAUCCGAAGAAAGCAAACCAAGAAACCAGACAAGAGAUUCCCACACGGCACGUAAUACAGUUCUAGGUUUCAGCAUCUGUCUUUUCGUGGUGGCAACACUUACAAUAAGCAUAAAGGUUCAUGCAUCCACGAGGAACUCCUAUCAGAAACAAGGGCAGUUAUUGCAGACAGAUUUCUAGCACAGAGUAAUAGACUUUUAAAAGUUGUGUGAUGCUUAUUUGUUUUUCUUACUGAAUUCCACAAAAGAAAAAGUUCUUGUUAUAUAUUAGGGAGGCAAAGUAAACAAGUACUUCUCACAGGAAAGGACUUUUAAAUAGAAUUUUUUUUCAGAUGCA